AUGGACAGGUUAUUCAGGAAAUUCUCAAACAAAUCGCAGAAGAGCGGCGGCGGCGGCAGCAAUGCCUCGCAGCGACAGUCUCCCAUCGCGGCGGCACGAAACAACAUGAACACAAACAAUCCUUUUACCACGACGAUGCCAACUCGUCGACCGGCAGCACCGGAGCCACCGCCACCAUAUUCACCACCUGCCAGCACCAGCGCUGCCCAUGCUGCCAGCCGUGUCCCCUUCUCCCCUGCCGAUCUCGCCAGCACGAUGCAAACGGGCGACGACUCACCCUACGCGUUCCUGCGCACCUUUGACACCAUCUUCCUGAUCGACGAUUCCGGGUCCAUGGCAGGCCGCUCCUGGCGCGAGACGUCGUCGGCACUGGCGGCCAUUGCCCCGAUCUGCACGGCGCACGACCCGGACGGCAUCGACGUGUACUUCCUCAACCACCGGAACCCGCACAGCACGCACGGCGGAUACACGAACCUGACGACCACGGGCGCGGUGCAGAGUCUGUUCCAGAACGUGCGACCCCUCGGCGGCACGCCCACGGGCACGCGGCUCAACCAGAUCCUGAAACCCUACCUGAGCGAACUGGCCGACAGCCUGGAACGGCAGGCGCACGGCCACGACGCCACGGUCAAGCCGCUGAACAUGAUCGUCAUCACCGACGGCGUGCCCUCGGACGACGUCGAGAGCGUCAUCGUCUCGGCCGCGCGCAAGCUCGACUCCAUGGCCGCCGAGCCGUGGCAGGUCGGCGUGCAGUUCUUCCAGGUCGGCCGCGAACCCGAGGCCCGGGACAUGCUCCAGGAACUCGACGACGCGCUGUCGGGCGAAUACCACAUCCGCGACAUGGUCGACACGGUGCCUUGGAGUGGAGACGACGGUGACGAGGGCUUGACCGGCCAGGGCUUGCUCAAGGUCUGUCUGGGCAGCGUGGUCAGACGGUGGGACCGAAGGCAGGUGUAG